UCUGACAUUUCCACAGACUUGUCUGUGUUUUUGUUUCUGCAGGAUGUGCAGCAGCUGCAUCCCACGCUGAUAAAACUUUGGUAUUUCAGACGAGAUGCAAAGUUACUUCCUACAAAGGCUUCUCAAACCGCUUCACCGCCAAGAUCCGCGCAUAUUCAGCCCGACUUAUAACUGACUGCUUUCGAAAGGAAAUACACCAGAAUCGUCGAGCGGUCGUUGAUAAACGGGAGCCUGCUGGAUGCAGUUUUAAGUGUUUUGUAAAGAUUGCAGAUGAAGUUGCUCGUAUUUAAGUCGCCACAUACAGGAAACGAGACAAAGAACGCCUCUGAUACAGAACUGAAACCUGCGCCGAUGAAGCUUUGACAGAGCCAUGUUCCCCGGCUGUCCUGUGAACUGAAGCGAUGGAGAGCUCGUCCUCCACAGUGAGGCGGCGAGCAUGGAUCAACAGCAGCCGUCAGCGGGUCACUUUGGAAGACCCCGAAGGGCCUCUGUGCCCGUUCCCAUCUGCCUCCAUAGCGGACGAUGAUGUGUUCUCUGAUGGAUGCCUUGCAGGAAAGAUUGAGAACUGGCUUCUCAGUUGUGGGUCAGAUGCCUGCUCAGACAACAGCGGUCAGCUGAGUUUUGCUUCUGUGGUAGAAGGUGGAGAUGUUAAACCUGAGCCUGGCUUGACACGACAGCCGUCCAUCAGACAAAAGAGCAGGCUCACCAGCACACCUCGUCAAGGACUAUGUUUGCCAUCGAUGAACUUGGGCCACAGCGUAACUUCCAGCUGCUUCUCUGCCUCAACCUGGAAAAGUACAUCAACGGCCAACGCUUUCUAUUCCCUGUACUCCCACGUGUCCCGCACUCCUCUCCAGAAACUGUCCACACCGGAGUUCACCUUCUCUUCCCCUGUGCAGAGGAUCGAACGGUUCAGAAGCAGCAUUCGAAGUGAGCCACGCUCUCCAGUAGAGAGGCUGAAGGACACUGUCAAUAAGAUGUGUCUCUACACGGGCUCUCCCCGGGGGUCUGACUCCACCUCUCCACAGCCUUCACCCAGGAAAAGAUCCAGCCUGCCAGAAGUUGUGGAUAUAGUGUGGAAAAACAAGAGUGGAGUUAACAAGAAGCUGGAUUUGGAGGAAUGUAAUAGCAAUAAUUCAGCUAUGGAUGUUAACCAGAUCACAGACGGUGAAAAUGGGCUGGAAACUCAACAGUCAACGGCGGACACGGAGAUUCUCGAGGACAGAAAUAAAACCUGUGAAACGGAAAUGAUGGAUGAUAAUAAACAGCCAAAGGAUGUUGACUCUGGUGAAAAUGACUCCAUGACUCAGGGUGUAAGAACAUCUGUAGCAUCAUCAUUAUCAGAAGAAACUGUCAUAGAAACCCACUCUGAAUCAUUUCCAUGUCAGCCAGAGCCAGACUCAUGUUUGACACAAAGUAACAAAAGGACAGCGGAACUAAAGCCUGUUGCCAAGGUUACAUACGAUUUAAUUUGCCCCCAGAUAGUCGAGAGUGUACACCGGGCACCUUUUUGCAGUCAAAGGACACACAGUCCGGAAAGUUUGACUCCCUCAGAGAGAGAAAGCACAGAUAAAUCCUGUUCUGUAUCACACAAAUUCAGUCUACAAGCCUCCGUGACAAAGUCUAACCUGAAUUCACACACAGACGAUGUUGGCUCUUCAGGUGAGGCCACGCGGGGGGACGCAUCUAGAUCACUUCCUGUCUCUGAACCCAGUGGUAGCUACACUCAUUACUGCAUAACUGUGACUGGCUGGGAAGGCGAUGAUGUGCCAUCCUCUUCUUCGAAAACAUCAGAUUCCAGUCAUGCUUCGCAUGAUUUCUAUGGAGAGAAAAAGUCUCCUUCUGAGAAGCAAGGACAGUUUCUGAAUCCUCUGAUGCAUCAGAGCCUGGGCAAGCUCUCCAGUAACCUUCAGCAGGUUAAUUCCUUUGAGCUGGAAGAGGUGCAUAGUGCAGGAGAGGAAGACUUGGGACAGUCAGAAACUCCAAGAACUACAACCUCACCAUUUUCAAAAAAACAUCAAUACAAAGGUGAAGUGGUCCGCGGUGACAGCAUGCAGUCGGACAGCAGCGGCUACGCGGACGAAGAAGUUAGCUCCUCAUCAGACAGACACAGCAGAUGACAGACCGCUCAUGCAAACAGCAUGCACGGCAGUGCCUGAGUUUGUGAAACUCUGCCAAGCACUUCCUAUCAAAAUAAAAUCAUCGUACUGUAAGACUUGCUCAUGUCACGACUUUAGAGGUUUUUUUCAGUGAGAAUAUUUUUGAACAAAGUAUUAAGUUUUUCCAUCGUGCUCAUAUUUAACAAAGAUUAUUGUAUUCUUAAUAAGUAGACAGUGGAAAAUCUUUUAUUUAAAUGGCAAGCUAGUCAUAAUACAGGUGAAAGGCUGCAUUUCAAAGAUUAUUCCUGUGGAGCUAACAUUUUACUUCCAUUUAUUGUUUUUGUAUCACAGCAGAGGAGCAUCACAAGUUUAAUGUCAGCAUCACCAUCAGUUUCAUGCACCUUGAACUCAAUGUCAGUGUGAAUAAAACUACACAGAUGUGUCCAUCCUGCAUUGAGCGACAGACGUUUUCUUGAGUAGUGCAAAAAAAUAUUUUAUUAAAUGACUUCACAGCAUUUUACCAACUAACAGCUACAGUAAGGCAAGGUGAAGUGACACAACGGGCAGUUACAGAGAAUACUCUGGAAGCCAGUCAUCAGCUUUUAUGUGGAAACUUAUCAGUCACAUCAACAGAAAAAC